UGACAAGCCACGACCCGCUACCUUCAUCACCCGAUCACCGUCACCCAACACCAACGAUAUAUAUAUAUAAAUAUGCAUAUAUUUCUGUUGAGUUUUGUCAUUUCUCAAGAACAGAUGGUUCAGUCGAGUCGAUCGUCUCUCAUCCAAAGCUCUUUCUUUUAAUUUUGAUUAAUUCCGAAGAGAGGACAGAAGAAUUGAUUGUGUUUCUUCUCUUAUUUGUGGAAUUUGUUGGCUUCAAAAUAGAGAAGGAUGAGUGAGAAGGAGGAGCGCGAUUUGAUGACCGUCGAUUCCUUCUCACAGCUGCCCUUCAUCGGCGGCCGACUGCCGGCGGCCUCCAAGCUCUCCUCUUCCUCCUCCGGCAUCCGCCUCUUCGGCAUCGAAGUCGCGCGGCAGCCCUCAUUCGACGGCGACGUAGCUGAUGAACGCGCCGGUGCUAAAGGCGGGGGCGGUCCUGAUGGAGGAGCAGACGCCGGCGAGAGUAGUCGUACUGCUACCGCCGCCGCCUUCAGGAAGUUCGAGUGCCACUACUGCGGCCGGCAAUUCCCAACGUCGCAGGCGCUCGGCGGUCACCAGAACGCGCACAAGCGGGAGCGCCAGCACGCAAAGCGCGCACAACUCAACCAGUACUCCGCCGCCUUCUACGGCUUCGGCCACGGCCACCGCCAACUCUACGGCGUCAUGAAUAGCUAUAACCACCAGUACUCUGCGAUCCCGUCGCGCGUGUCCGAGGCUAGCUUCUCCGGCAGCUGGCGGCUGGCGGCGCCAGUGGCUCAGCCCAUCAACGGCAGCCCGUUGCCUGGUCGAGGAGGAGUCUCCCCGGCGAUGCCUUUACAGCCUUUAAGAGCAGAAGGAGCAGUAGCAGCAGGUGGAACUAAUAUUUCGACUGCUAUUAUUUCUUCUUCUUCUUCAUCACACCAAUUUAUGAUCCGGAAUUUGAAAGAGAAGGUGAGUCUGGAUUUGCACCUCUGAUCAUCACCAUAUUAUCCUUUAUCUUCUUGUCAAUUGAAUUCUUUACUUAUUCAAAGAUUGAGAGGAGAUAUCUUAAACUAAACCAAAAGAUUAAAUUUAGCUACUCGUUUGUCUGUAUGCCAUCUUCGAUCCGGGCUUUAAAUUAUGAGAUCU